AUGCCCCAAUAUUCGGGAAAGAUUGUCUUCUACGAGGGCAAAUGCUUCACAGGCAGGAAGCUGCAGCUGAGCGGUCUCUGCGAUAACUUCCAGGACUGGGGCUUCCUGAACCGAGUCAAUUCCAUCUGUGUGCAGAGCGGAGCCUGGGUCUGCUUCAGUCACGUGGACUUCCGCGGCCAGCAGUACGUCCUGGAGCGGGGCGAGUAUCCUGGAUUCUUCCUCUGGAACGCGCACAGCGACCGGAUGGGGUCCUGCAAGCCCAUUGGAAUGCAUGGAGAACAUUACCGCAUUGAAGUGUUCGAGGGGAGGCAUUUUAGUGGUCGGAGUCAGGAAUUCACGGAGGACUGUGCUUUCCUGAAUACUCGCGGCUGCCCCAAGCGCUGGGUUAACUCCAUGAGAGUCUACGGGGACGGCGCAUGGGUGUUGUUUGAGGAGCCCAAUUACCGUGGUCCGAUGUACGUGGUCGAGCGAGGCGAUUACGGUUGCUGCGAUGAGUGGCAGGCUCCGGGGGCAAACGUCCAGUCAUUGAGAAGAAUCAUCAAUUACUUCUAA